CGAGCUAGCCAGUUGUUUACAGCUGGAGUCAUGAUGGGGAGAACUUUUGGUGGAGUUUAUUGAAUAGACAUUGAGGUGACGUAAAAUGUCGAAUGGAGAAUUUUUUGUUUGUGCCACCGGGUCUAUUGAGUAUGGAAUGUUUUAUGAGAUUGAUAAUGCUUAUUGCAAGUAUCAGUACCACUUCGGGGAUGACUGGAGCAUUGUUGCGGGAAUUGAAGAAGGCAUCACUCAGAUGUGCAAAUGUACCAACGACGCGCGACGUCUUGCUGUGUGGAAUUUUCCCCUUGAUGUUACAUUCAAAUCGAUGAAUCCUUACGGAUGGCCUCAAAUGGUCUUCUCAAUUUACGGUCUCGACGUCUUUGGACAUGACAUCGUGAAAGGAUACGGGGUGUGUCGUCUGCCCCUAACGUCCGGACGGCACGAGAAAGAGACUUCAAUUUACGUUCCCGAGUCUUCCUCAAAACUCCAACAAUUUGCUGCUUGGCUGACUGGACGCAGACCCGAGCUAAUUGAGCCCUCGAUACUGGCAUCAGGCAACGGCCGAGAGCUGACACGGAUGAGAGCCCAGGGAUCCAUAAGUGUGACAUUCAACAUCGUCCUCAAGGAUUUUCAUAAGCUGGGGUAUGAUAAUGGAGAACGCGACAAAUAGAAGACCAAUUUAUUGAACAAAUAGGUGUAUUUAUUAACAAAAUAACUGUAAA